UCUAUGCUAAAAGUUGAAUGUUUAAAAGGCCGGCCUUGGAUUUAUGGAAGGUAGAAAGCGAUUAUCAUGUAGGCAUACCAACGUUCUGCAAGGAUCUCGAUCUGACGCUCGGCAGUGGCAUCGCGCUUGGAUUGAUUACGGAACUGUGCGGACCUUCCGGUAGCGGCAAGACGCAGUUUUGUUUGCAGCUUUCGGUAAGUGUACAAAUACCCGGCGCCCUAGGAGGGCUAGAAGGACGAGUUGCGUAUCUGGACAGCAAGUAUGGAUUUUCUACCAAGAGGCUACGCGAAAUGGGAAGAGCCUGCAUCGAACACUGUUCUAAGCUAACGCGUGCUCGCAGUAAAAAAUCCGAGGGAAUUUUCGCGGGCUUCACGGAGGAAUCCAUCCUGGACAAUGUGUUGUUCGCACAAGUCCAAACCACAUCGCACAUUUUCGAAGCAAUCGCAGAGCUCCAGAGCAAACUUUUUCAAAGAGAGAAGAUAAGACUGAUAAUAAUUGACUCGUUGUCCUUUCUCAUCCGCAACACGAUUACGAGUGCGUAUGAACGAGUGCAAUGCGCAUACGAAAUACUUACCCUGCUGCAUAAGCUGACACACCGUUUUGCAUGCGCUGUUGUAAUAACGAAUGAUGUGAUGGCUAGCGUUUCGAAUGCGGAUACCGCGGGCGAAGAAACUUUGAUUGUGCCAGCACUUGGUAGCAGCCAUAGCCAUAAAAUCAAUCAACGAAUCGUACUCGAUAGAAUGGAAUCCAGCGAUGACCCGCUGCACGAUGGAUUGUACGUGGCAUCGAUAGAAAAGAGUCUUUUCGCUCCUAGAGUGUCGAUUCCCUUUCGUAUUCAGCGCGAAGGGAUUCGAAGCGGGAGAGUACCUGCCCAUAACAGAGGCAAAUGUUUGUUGCCUGCCUCAUCCAGUCAAAGCAAUUUUAUUACACGAAAAAGUACAAGCGAUUCGCCUCAAGGUAGCUUAGAAGGAGGUAAGCGUGACCAGAACGUCACGGUAGUCACCGCUUAG